AUGGAUUGCAAGCCGGAAGUCGUGUGUCGUGUCUGCGGAGACAAGGCUUCUGGAAAGCACUACGGCGUUCCGUCCUGUGAUGGUUGCAGAGGUUUCUUUAAACGAAGUAUCCGAAGGAACCUAGAUUACAUUUGCAAAGAAAACGGUUCGUGCAUAGUGGACGUGAGCAGAAGGAAUCAGUGCCAGGCCUGCCGGUUCUCGAAGUGUUUACGAGUUAAUAUGAAGAAAGAUGCUGUACAAAAUGAACGUGCACCGAGAACACUGGGCAAUCAACAUCAACUUGCUCUUCAAAAGCUGAGUUACUUAUCACGGCAGUCGGCUUUUAUUCCUAAUCAUUCUCCGGUAGCCUUAUCGACAUUUUCUCCAUAUACGUAUCCAAUACAAGACCGCGUCCAAAAUCCUUACUUGGCUAAUUCAUCCUUUCAAAAUUAUUCGAAUCAAUCGUCGAUGCCAAUGGACGUUCCUAGUCUCAACCCCCUUUUUAACAAUCCAAGUGGCAUAAAUCCGUUCAAAUUUCCGCUAUUCCCUGGACCUAUGCAAUACUCUUUACCACAUCCGCACACAUAUUUUUCUGCAAAUAUUUUCUACCCUCCCAUCAUAUCUGCUGAGAAUCCUACACUGUACUUGGAUUCACAAGAAACUUCUUCGAACGCAUUGCAUAACUCACAAUUCGGUACAUCUAUACAAAGGAAUAUAGCAGAAAAACAUGACUCACUAAACUGUGACAAAAUAAAAGAAAAUGAAGUUACCAGUUCUGAAGAAACCUGCAGGGACACAGCAUCAAAAGGCGCAACUAUAAACAAAAGUCACAAUCAGUCAAACCAGAAAGUUGACUGCACAGAAAAUAUUAUCCCUAAAUGCAGUAAUAAAAAUAAGGAACAAGAUUUGUUUACGUCAAGAGAAAAACGUUUCUCGCUGUCCGACCUAGCUGAUUAUUCGGACGUCGUUGGACAGACCAAGGCCAAUGUAAUGUUUAUGGACCGAGGUGUUAAACAUAGGAUCGAUUCACAAAAUUCUCAAAUGGACAUAGAGUUAUACAAUCCAGGUGCAAGGCUGUUGGUGUCGGCCGUGCAAUGGUUACAUACAAUUCCGUCAUUCACACAAAUCUCCCAAAAGGAACAAAUAUUGCUGCUACAAAGUAAUUGGAAGGAAUUGUUUAUAAUGCAUGCUGCAGAAUACUCUUUUUGUUUCGACGAAGAACAGAUCUCACCUGUUAUCACGUCGAAGCGGCCAAAUAUCAAAGAAGAGAUAAGGAAAUUGGCAGCGCUCUUGAAAAGAAUUUCCCUUUGCCGAUUAGAUAAAACUGAAUUUGAUUGCUUGAAGACAACGAUAUUAUUUCGAACAGAUUUCCUAGACGUCCCGUCAGUCACACAAAUGGCAAUCACUCAAGAGGAGACAUUAAUGAAACUACAAAAGCACUGUUCACAUAAGGAUUUUUUCAGGCUAGGACGAAUUAUGUUGUUAUUGCCUAGUAUAUGUUACAUCGCAAACCAAGGUCUUCUUGAACAUCUCCUUUUUUCAACUAUAUCGUUUCAAGACAUCCAUGAAAUACUCUCUAGAAUACUUAUUCACACCUCGACGUAAAUUUCUUUUAGACUUUAAUACUUUCUACAGAGCAGAUUAUUAUCUGAAAAUCAUAAUUGUAUUUUUUUCCUAUUCAUAAAAUCAAGGGCAACCAAGUGUAUAAGAAGCUUGAAAACGUUUAUUUAAAAUUCUUUGCUUUUCAAACGAAUCUAAAUGAGUUUGCCUAGCAUCUUUUAUUUAAAAUAAUUAGAAUCAGAGAAAGUAAAAAUAAAUGCAAUGCAUACACUAACAUUCCUUUUAAAUAGUAAGUUAAUAAUUUAUAUCUAAAAUAAAUGUAAAAUUGUAUCUAUAUUAAGGCGAGAAUCGACUAAUCGACUAAUCGACCACAGUAUAAAGAGAGAUCAAUUGAUUUAAAAUAUUUGAAUAUUAACAGUAAUUGCACAAGCCCAAAUAUUUAACAGUUAAACGAAGAAAAGGCUUUAUACUAAUAAAGAGGAACAUCAAUGAACACAGAUCUGUACCUGUGUAAACAAAUUUGAUGCAACAAAGUUUGCAUCUUCACACUACAUACGAAGCAUAACCCCUUCCUUAUUUAAUAACCUAUGUAAAUUUACGAUUCAAAAACUAUUAAGGAUCUUUAUUCGUCCAUUACUUCGGUGACGCUGUCAAAGCCGCAGCCGCAUUACAAAAUAAAAAGCUACGUAUGUUAUGUGUAGAUGUCAACUUAGUCGAAGAAAUGUAUGUCAAUUUUACCUCAUUUUAAAGAAAUACUAAAUAGAGAAUAAAUAAGCUGCUUUAUAAAUAAAUCGUUAUUGCUAAUAUGGAUAACAUGAUUUGUUUAUACCUGAUUAAGGUCAAUAUGAAACGAUAACAGUCAUUAUGAUUUUGACGUCGAUAUUGUGAAGUUAAUUCAAUUACACAAAUUAUACAAUUAUAAACGGUGCCUACUUAAUACGUAUUUAGUAAGCACCGUUUACACUAAAAAAUAAUAUGGAAAA